AUGGAGUAUUACUCUUCGCUUGAUGCAUCUCAGCUUGACUCUGAGACGCCGACGUUAUUUGAGCUUAUUUCGGCAAAUCAGCUCGAGUCGCUUCUAUCGCCAUCAUUGCGUUACAUCUUGGUACAUUACGCCCAGCGGUACCCUGGAUAUCUUCUUAAAGUCACCAAUAACUUUGAUGAGCUCAACUUGGCUUUGAGGACUUUUAUUGAAUGGUACUUUUUCAAAUACUGGCAGGGUUCGUUCACAGAAAACUUUUAUGGCUUGAAGAGAGUUAGUCAGACGCCCUUGUCUGAUGUCAAAUAUAAUAGCGGCAGGUUGACCCAGUUAGCUCCAUCAAUGAUCGAGGAGAGACGCAAGCUAUCGACCUACCAGAUGUGGGUUUCUAUCUUCGAGAUAACUGGAGUCUCAUACUUAUCUGAAAAGUGCAACUACACCUACGAGGUGCUCUAUUCGAAGUAUAUCACAGGACAAUUGAACGAAAAAGAAGCUUCGGAUGAGUCAGAAAGACGUAAGAUCUGGAUUAAACGAAAGUUCGUUGAAAUAUACCCUUAUAUCCAGAGUGUGUGGAGAGCAGGUAACUUGAUUACAACACUUCUAUACUUGAGUGGAAACUCCAAGUCUGCAUCGUUGCUCACAUUUUUGUUCAAGAUAAACUUCUCCAGAUUGAGUCAAUACGAUUACCAAAAGAACGAACCUACUUUGGAUGUGCCAAAAGAUCAUCUCCCCAACAGAGUGGCUCCUCCAUCGACUUUGGAGAAACUCAUUAAUCUCACAAAAUACAUCACCAGUCCUUCGUGGAAGGCCGUCAGGUUUGUAUUAGGUACCUUCUUUCCCUUGGCAAUCUUCACCUUGAAAUUCCUCGAGUGGUGGAACAACUCAGAUUUCGCUCAGAAGGUUGCAAAAUCUCAAGGAAACGCUCUUGAAGGCAGCAUUCCUACCCCCGCAUCGUUGAACAACUUCAAGCAUUUCAAGUCCAAGCCAAAAAAGAUUUAUAAAUCGGGCAGCACUUGUCCCUUGUGCAAGCAGGAAAUUCUGAACCCAGCCAUCAUUGAGACAGGGUAUGUCUUCUGUUAUACUUGCAUUUACAACUACCUCACAGAAUCACAUAAGCACGUUAAGAAAAAGCGGGUUGAAGCGAGCGAUGAAGAAGAGAGCGACGAAGACGAUGACGAGGAUGAUGAUGACGAAGAGAAUGAUAAGAAGACUGAGAAACCAGAGAAGGAGGAAGUUGCAGCCAAAGGAUCCACUGACACUAUUGAUAUUGAGAAAGGAGGACGUUGCCCAAUCACAGGCAGACGCCUUCUCGGUUGCAGAUGGAAUAGUUUAACUCAGGAGUUUGAGGUUGAUGGCAUUAGGAGACUUAUAUUCUAA